CUCAUAAAUACGUCAGCUAUAAAUAUCUCUCCUGAUUGUAUACAUAUACGUCCUUCCUUCUAGACUCAUAUACCCGUUCUUCCUCCUCUCCAACCGUCAAACGCUCACACUCUUUCAUCCCAUCGCCUUCUCUCUCGACGCGACAUGGCGCAUUAUCAACAGGCGCCUUACAGCGACAGCGCCGGCUAUGGUAAUUCGUACGGCGGUCCAACACCAAAUUACGGAGGGUACAGUGACAAUCCUCGUGGCGCUGCCGGUGGCGAUUAUGGCAACAACUCUUAUCUCAUGUCAUCAGCCAAUCCCAAUGCGGCUGCUGGGUCAGGGGGCUAUGCCGGUAGUGCCGGGGGCUUUCAACCCAAGAAAAAGCGCAAUAAGUGGCUGUGGAUAGGUUUGCCUGUGCUCCUCAUCUGUAUAAUCCUCGCGGCCGUGUUAGGUGGCGUUCUCGGCUCCCGAGCGUCCAGUGACAACAAUGACAGCUCCACUUCCUCUGAUGAUUCAUCUUCCGCAACUACCGGCGCGUCUAACGCAAAUACUGCUCUGCCCAGCGGUGUGUCCAGCGCCAACACCGCUGCUACCAAUACUGGUGCGAAUGGCGAGCAGUAUCUGGCUGUUGCUACAGACACAUACAUGUUACCUGUAUAUGCUACAGGAACUGCUACCUCCGGGUAUUCUGCCCCAACAGUAAUCUCAGACCCCGCUUCUACCGACUCUUGGCCGGACGACCCAAGUCCGCCUUCCAAUUCCACAGAAGGCAUGCGAGCACAUCCCCGUCUGGCGCCUGGUUACAAGUGGGAUGCGCUUACCCAUGGAGGUCUUAUCCAGAAUAAUCCCUACCUCAAAUAUUGGAACGCCACCAUUGUGCAGAAUGCUAGUGACACAAUUGGUGAUGAUCCUACGCCGUAUAUCCCUGAUGGCGGCCUUGAUGGAUCCGGUGUACUGGAUGUUGCCCGAGAAAUUAAGUUGAAGGUUAAGAACUGGGCCUAUGCGUACAAGGUCACCAAUGAGACGAAAUACGCCGAUCGAGUUUGGCUUGAGUUGACUACCGCUGCGGGUAACAACUCUGAUGUAUCUUUCGGUGCUGACGGCACUCGUUGGAAUCCUGCUCAUUUCCUCGAUCUCGCUGAAUUCUGUGCGGCUUUCGCCAUUGGUUACGACUGGCUUUACGACUUCUGGACGGACGACCAACGAGAUGCUCUUAUGUGGUCUAUGCUCAACCUUGGUCUUUCCUUUGGCCACGCUGUUCUUUCAGGCAACACGUCUGCAUCAUCUUACAACUGGUGGGCCGGUACUGGCGUUGGCAGUUCUGAAGUCAACGGUAAUUGGAAUUGUGUUUGCAAUGGUGGAUUAAUCCAGGCGGCAGUUGCCAUUGUCGACCGCGACCCCACUGGCAUUGCGCAACAAGUCAUUGACCUCGCCGUGCCGGACGCCUGGAAUAACUGCUUCCAGGGUGCCUAUAGUGAUGGUACAUGGGCUGAGACUGCCAAUUACUGGUACUUUGGUACCACUGGGGCUGCUGAGCUGGUCAAUGCGCUUCAAAGCUCCUAUGGUGAUGAUCGUGGUCUCCCUGAGUCCAAUCCCGGUUGGAACCUUACCUCCCUUUUCCACAUCUACGUCCAAGGUAUGACUUCACUUUUCAACUAUGGUGAUCACGGACCCAACAAGUACUCGUCAACCGCCAACUCCCUCCUUUUGUGGGCGAAUACUUUUAACGAACCCCGUUACGCGUUGUACCAGCGAGACCAUUACGAUGCUUCUGAACCUUGGAGUAUGUUCUGGUACAACCCUGCCCUAAGUGGAACCUGGUGGGAUGGCCUUCCCCUUGAUCGUUACUUUGACGACGAAAAUGGUCGGUGGGCUACCGCACGAUCCAACUGGGCGACAAAUGAAGGUUCGUACUGGGCCAUGAAGGCAAGUAAACUCACUGAUCAUCAGACCCAUGGCGAUCUUGACAUUGGAGACUUUGUCUUUGAUGCUAUGGGUCAACGAUGGGCCGGUGAGCUUGGUUCUGGACAAUAUCUCGCCGAUGGCUACUUUAGUAGUGAGGAGCAGAACUCUGAGAGGUGGCUGUACUAUCGAAAGAGGACCGAGGGCCAGAAUACCCUCCUCAUCAACGAUCAGAACCAGAAUGUCAAUGCCACACCCACGGGUAAUUGGGGCUCCUCAGGUACAGCGCAAGGUGCCGCUCCGUCAUUCCAACUUGAGUCUGACGACACUGCGUACUUCUGGACUGACAUGUCUACUGCUUACAAUUACACUGUCAAACGGGGUAUUCGUUACCUCAAUGCUCGUCAACAAGUCCUUAUUCAAGACGACGUUACCGAUGUUCCUAACCUUCAAUGGCGAAUGCACACAAACGCCACCAUCACCACCAACAAUGCUACCGCCACUCUCACUCUCUCUGAGCAAACCCUUAUUGCAUCUAUUGUGCAAGGUCCUUCCGGUGCAUCAUUCAGCACCGCUGAACCUACCAGAUCGAGCAGUGACCCGGCUCUUCCUACUGGUACAAUGGAUGCCGACCAGCCCAACGAUGGUGUGACAGUGUUGGUAGUCGACGUGCCCAAUGGAGGAACCUUCAGUCUGCAGGUGCUUUUGACGCCGCAGUGGGGGAGCAAUUUCACUGCGAUAGACAGCGUGAACAAUGUCGCUCUUGACGACUGGAGUUUAACUAGUCAUUAAGCGCUGUUCUGCUGUGGAGGGGAUCGGUCGGUGUGCAGAGUCGGAAGAGGAGCGUUGUGGUUGUGGUGUCGUGAAGUAGCAGUGGAAGUCGGGCUCAUAUAUGGCGGGCCACUGUAUCAUAUCAUCUCAAUUCUAAUUUCUUGCUUGAUAUGAUUCAAAAAAAUAUUGGUCAAUCUAUCUUUCGUGGCAUUAGUAUUAGCACGUAGUAACACUCUUUCCUUUAUAUGAUUGUUGAGACAUCUCAACGAUAACUAUGACUGUGAUCAGCCUUUUGUUUCCGUAUUUCCUGAUGAUGCACAUGGACUUUAUUAUUUGUUCCUCAACGUUUUUACGAUACUUUUAGAAAACCUUUUCCACGUAUUAACAAGAUCCAUUCCUUUCAUAUUACGAGCGAAAUGACAACCUUCUUGCGAAGGUAAGACGUUUCGUCGUGGUUGGAUAGCACGCAAGAGCAUUCACAUCUUACCAUGCACAUCCCGCUCAGAAAA